CUCAUCCCUUCGGACAGUCAGGCCUCAACCUCAGAUCAAACGAUCAACUGCUGUUCAGACAUCAAAAAGCUCUCCCACUUUGAUCGACAGAUCGACACCGACCCCGACGGAAAUGGAGUACCCGUCCGGUCAUCACUCCCACCGACACCACCGGAGAGACGACGACGACGACGACGGCGGAUCUCCACGAAACCGGCCCUUCCCGCCGCCCGGAUCCGCCCUCCCGCCCGACUUCUACGGCCAGCCUCCUCCUCCCCGCCCGCCCUUCUACGGCGGCGGCCGCGACGACGACUUCGGCCCGCCCCCGCCUCCGCGGUCCAACGUGUACCACACCUCGCACUCGGCUCCCCCGCCCGAUUACCCUCCGCCCGGGGACGAUUUCGCCUCCGGUUAUCCUCCACCGCCUCAGAGGUUUUUUCAAGGAUCGGCCGAGUACUCCGAUUCGCCGCCGCCGCCGCCGCCGUCGGCGACCGUCGAGCACGUGGCUCACAAGGUCGAUGAGCCGAGCGAGACCGGCCACCAUUCUUACCGCCCCCAUCUGCCUUCUUUCCUCCAUCAUCACACCCAGCACCAGUCUGAAUAUGAUCCCGCCGAUGCUGCUGAUGCUUCCGGUGGCGGAACUCUCGGCUCUUAUUUCGCCAACAAGCCCACAUACAAAGUUUACUGCAAGGCCGAGCCCAAUUAUUCUCUCACCAUUAGGGACUCAAAAGUCAUUCUUGCACCCUCCGACUCCAGCGAUCCUUAUCAAAAAUGGUACAAGGAUGAGAAGUUCAGCACCAGAGUUAAGGAUGAAGACGGGUUUCCCUGCUUUUCUCUGGUUAACAAGGCCACUGGUGAGGCCAUCAAGCACUCUGUCGGAGCCUCUCACCCAGUGCAGCUGGUAUCCUAUAAUCCAGAGCAGCUUGAUGCAUCUGUUCUGUGGACAGCGGGCAAGGUCCUAGACGAUGGUUACAGAACCGUUAGGAUGGUUAACAACGUUCGCCUGAAUCUGGAUGCUUUUCAUGCUGACGCAAAAUCCGGAGGCGUCCAUGAUGGCACAACUAUUGUGCUCUGGCAGUGGAACAAAGGAGAUAAUCAGAGAUGGAAGAUCACCCCAUACUAAUACACGGGGGAAGAGUACCUGAAUUUGGAGGUUGCGUCUUAUUUGCAGGAUAUGCAGUUUGGUGGAUUGUUGUGCUUCCAUGUGAGUUUGUGUUGUGAUCUCGGAUAUUGGUUGUAUCUCCAUGUGUGAUUAAGACUUGACUACUUUUGCGUAUUACUUUCACUUUGGAUGUUAUAGUGUUAUCAUUCUGUGUGUUAUUACUCCGCAGACUAUAUACAUGCUUUGUGAAUUAGUAAUCCUCUGCAUUAAGCUGUUUUAGA